UGUGUAAAUGAGUUGAUGUGCAGCAUUGGAAUCGAACUAUCUUGGUUCAAAGAUCAAGGCCUUAUGUUGCUGAGGUCUCACAACAACUCUGUCAAGCUUUUGGUGCUUUCGAUGCGUUCAUUUACUGUAAGACAUCGAAGCCAUCAGUCAGGCCCAAGUCGAUUCAAACCGCAUCCGUGCCAUGCAGUGGAGUCCUGUGCACACCCAGCCUUUUCCGCAGUAUGCACCACUUGUAGCGUCACCCACAGCGACGCUGCAGCCUGUGCAGCCUGCACUGCAGCCCCAGGUCGUACAGAUUGCACCUCAGGUCUCGCAUGACAUCGAUGAUUUGGUGAAGCUAGACCCGCAAUUCACGCAGACUUUGCAAGUUGAAAGAAGGCAGAAGUUGGGCAUGGACACCCCACAGAUCAAGGAGUUCUUGUCCAAGACGAGUUUAAUGAGUUUGGGCUCCUACUGCGCCGUGGCGAACUCUUUCGAAGCAUUGGGUUUGCGAGAGGCCGCUGGGCCUUUCGAUUGGAUGCGUAGUGAUUGCCAGGGCAUUACACAUUUGCUGAGAAAUGGCUUUGAGGACUUUCUGGAUUGGGACGGCACCAGCCACAAAGUCGGAGGCCUUGAUGUGUUUCCGAUGCGCUGGGGCGGCUCCUUUUGGCACCAUGACAUCACCGACGUCAAGGUGAGGCAGACCUUCAUGAGACGAAAGGAGCGCUUCCUCAAUGCCCAGAACGAAAACCUCUUGUUCAUCCGAGUGGUGAAUGGCACACAGGAGUUAAUGCAAAUCACAGGCCUUUAUUCAGCACUUCAAGAGCGAUUUGGAGACAAGUCUCGUGUACGCCUCUUAGUGCUCAUCGACCUGCAGGACACCGAGCAGGAAGUCAUUACUCAAGACCUCGGUCGUGAUGUGAUCUUUAGCUGCGUCCAUCACAGCUCUUGGGAGUCGCACAUUCCAGCACCAACACCUGAGGAGCAAGCACGCCUGAGGUUACACAAAGCCAGUGAUUCCUACUCAGCCGCCUUGGUCCGGGCGCUCUACAUCUGGGCCAGCGUUGGGAGUUUCGCGACCUGGCCCAGCUUGGCCAGUUUUUCCCAGCGAGUUGUGCAAUGGGUGGGUCCAGAUCCAAAGCGAGACUCCUUCCAGCCGUCUCGCCUCUCCCUAGCGCCAGUCGCGGCCACAGCCACCAUGUUGACGUUGAAUGCCGCGAUGGCCCAACCAUUCACGCAGAUGACGCAGCCCUUGACCCAGCCCUUGACUCAGCCCUAUUACUUCGUGCGUCCCACCGUGCCUUGGCCGGCCAGUCCUCAACGGAUAUUCUAAAAAGGCUUGUGGCUGAUCCAAUCUUCUCCACCGACCCCAGGGGGCUUUGGUCUCCGGGUCAUUUUGGGCAAAUGCAGAUACGUUCGGCUGCCUCGUGCAGGCCAUCUGUUUUUUUUCUCAUGGGACGAAGCGAAGCUUCCUCCCCCUAGCUAGGACACCAGCGCUGAUCUUGUUUGAUCUUGUCUGGUGAUCAUUCGAUCUCUUUGGAGACAUGUGAAGAGCAAUUGUUGGGUUGCCAGACUCGUCCAGAUGUGC